AUGUAUUCUAAAGAACAAAUAACUAAAAUUCGAUAACUAAUCAACAAUUAUUUUGAUAAAGGUGAAGUAUUUGAUAAGUUAAAGAAAAAAAUAGAAAGUGAAAAAAUUCAAAUUGAUGAUUUGGAUAAUGAAAAAUUGACCAAAUUGCUUAGAGAAACAAACCUCAUUGACAACCUCAUCUUGGAUAUCAAACAUUUGGAUGAAUUAGAUGAAUUUAAUAAAUAAAAUAAACAAGUAUGAUCAAAUGAGAAUAUUAAGCUUACAUUUGUAGACCCAGAUCGUAUUAACUAUCGGUCAGUUAGUUUACGUAUAUACAAAGGAAGAGCAUUCUUGGAUUUUAUCGAACCUGGAAAUUCAAAAUUGUAGCUAUAUUUAAGUUUUUGUGGUCAGAGAUUUGCAUCUGCUACAGUUGAUGCCACAGUAGAACCCGAGUUUAAUGAACUAUUUUUGUUUGAUUUGAGAACUGAAGCUCAAAAGGCUAAUGUAGAUUUGUUGACCUUAAGCAAAUUAGAUCAUCCUAUUGAAUUAUGCGUAAUUUAAAUUUAAAAUGGGUAAACAAAGUUGUUUUCACAGAAAUUAAUUGAAUGGAGGUUUUUAUUAUGCUAUGGCAAUAUUUCAUUGAACAUAGAACUUCCAACUACUUAUAAUACCAAAAUGUAAAAUGAAAGGAAGAAUCAUGUUGGUAUACUUUAAAUUCAUUUGGAAUUAUUACCAAAAACUGGCUUAGUGUUGUUGCCAGAAAACAUAGUUGUUUCAUAGUUAUCUAAAGAGAAAUCUGUUAUUAAUCAAAUAUCUGAUAGGUUUCAUACGUAUGGCAAUGCAUGGUGGAAUGAUUUUAAAGAACUUAAACUUUCUGUUCGACCAAUUAAAUUAUAUUCAGAAUCCCAAGAUGGAAUCUGGAGACCUUCUUGCACUUUUAUUAGAGAAUUAUAAAGUGUUAGAGGGAUUAUGAGUCCGAAUCAUGCUGCCAGAUUUGUGAGUCUAAUACCCAUGAAGACUUCAGAUCGAGGGCCAUCAGGAGAUAGAUUAGAAGUUUGGCACAGAUUCCCAACAUUUUUAGCAUUGAAAGGUGGAGACUUUGAGGAUCAUUGUUUGCUAUUGUGUUCAUUCUUUUUGGGAUUCAAUUUAGAUGCUUUUGUUGUAUUUGGUUCCACAGCUGAUAGACCUCACGGAUGGGUUAUGACAAGAUUAUAGAAACCAAAAAAGCCCAAUUAAAAAUAGGCUGAAUAUGCAUACAACUUCUGGGAACCUUUAACUGGGCAUAAAUUUGAACUGAAUGAUCCUAAAGUAUAAAUAAAAUCUAUUGUAAAAUAGGUUCCUUAGUUAUAUAAAAGAAUUGGUUGUAUCUUUAAUCAUAAAUGCUUUUAUGCAAAUAUCCAAGAGAAUGAUUCCGUACUGAAAACAGAUCUGAAUAUUGAAGAUUACACUAAAUGGAAGGCUGUUGAUCCAAAUGAAAUCUCUUUAUUAAAACCCUAGAAUUUUCAACUUACUCUAUUAAGAUAAACAAUAUAUGCAGAUGAAUUGGAACCAAAAUUAGAAUUAUAACUUAGAGAAGCCAUAGGAAGUUAUAGAAAGAGUAUUUUAAUUUACAUAAUUUUUAGUUAUUAAUUUGGCUACUAGAUAUGAUGAAAAGCUUGGAAGCAUCAUGUAAAUAGCCUUAGCUAAUUAUGAAACUGAAAAAAUUACUGGUAUUCAAAUUUGAUAUGACUAUAGGAUUGCAGUUUGCACAAUUUGAAUUUCAAUCUGCUAUCAGAAGUUACAUACCUGAAGGUCAUACAUUUAUGAGUUUUCCAAUUUGUUUUAAUCACAUGAAUAUUUAAAAGAUGUUGGAGGAUAUCAAAACAUCUCCUGUUGGUGGGGAGGUACUCACUGCAAGAGGAGAUCAAACAUAUCAUGCAGUACGAGUGAAAAUGGAAAUCUAUCCAGAAGACGUUUAUGCUGUUUGGGUUUCUGUCUCAGUUAGAUUUCAUAAAAUUGUUUGA